AUGGAUAUUAUUCUAGAACUCUGGGACACCUUCAUUGGUGAUCGCCUCUAUUCCUCCGUCCUCCCCGCCUCCCUUUCUUCCUCAGUCUCCCUGCCGGCAUUCGCCAAUGUCGCCAACAGUUCGCUCGCCCUCUUCGGCGCGUCGGAGCCAUUCAUCUAUGAGCCCGCCACUCAGAUGCUUCACUUGGAACCCUCCAAGUAUGCCUAUCUCAGUGCCUGGCCGCGGAAUAACAUGUACCGCCAAUUCACCAGCUUCUUCUUGAUCACUUGGAUCUUCGGACUACUUGUCUACUUCGUCGUCGCCUCCCUAUCGUACAUCUUCAUCUGGGACAAAACCACCUACAAGCACCCCAAAUUCCUCAAGAACCAGAUCUCCAUGGAAAUCAAACAAGCCAUGGGCUCCAUGCCCCCAAUGGCCCUCCUGACGGCCCCAUUCUUCGUCCUAGAGGUCCGCGGAUACGCCAAACUCUACGAUACUACUGCCGAGGAACCCUUCCCUUUCUACAGUAUCCUGCAGUUCCCGUUCUUCAUCUUCUUCACCGAUUUCUUCAUCUACUGGAUCCACCGAGGCCUGCACCACCCGCGCGUUUACAGAACCCUGCACAAGCCGCACCACAAGUGGAUUAUGCCCAGCCCUUACGCUUCGCACGCUUUCCACCCCCUGGACGGCUGGUCGCAGAGUGUGCCGUACCACGUUUUCCCGUUCAUCUUCCCGCUCCAGAAGGUGGCUUACGUCUUCCUGUUUGGUUUUAUUAACCUCUGGACUGUGUUUAUCCACGAUGGCGAGUACGUUGCCAAUAGCCCUGUUGUGAAUGGUGCCGCUUGCCACACUAUGCACCAUCUGUACUUCAACUACAACUACGGCCAAUUCACUACUCUGUGGGAUCGCCUGGGUGGUAGCUACCGCAAGCCUAAUGAGGAACUCUUCCGUCGGGAGACUAAGAUGGGAGACAAGGAGUGGAAGCGCCAGGCUAAGGAGAUGGAGUCAAUUCUCAAGACCGUCGAGGGUGAGGAUGACCGCAGUUACUCAGCGGAUACGAAGAAGGAUCUCUGA